AAGUAAAGGCGCUGGAAAAAACGAAAAAGCUCGAAAAGUCUCGACCAAAGCUCUCCACUUGGUGCAGUACCCGCGAACAAACGUCUUUCCUCCCCCUUUCCUCUCUUUUUACCUCGUCCCCCGAAAUUAGGGUUAGGGUUUCGGAUUCCCCACCCUCCUCUCCCUCCGCCGACGACUCCAACGAAUUUAAUUCGAUCGAGAUGGGGUCCCUUUGCUCUCGUCAAUCACCGCUCUCCCCCGUCCUUCGCCCCCUCUUCCUCCCUUCUUCCUCGCACCUUCGCCAGUACGAGUAUUCCCCGCGCACCUACCCCGCCGAUCCCUCCUUUUUCAAAGAUUUUGUUGGAAUUUGGUAUAUUGGUCGGUAUUUCGUACAUUCGAUCGAAGCUCGCAGUGAGAGAAUCUCUGGUUUGGAUGGUUCCUCGUCCCGACCGAUUCCUUCGAUAAAAGAAAGUAUUUUAUUUAUUGGCAUUUGUUUUAAAAAAAGGAUCGGAAUCGUGGCUUUAUUAGGGGCUCCGACGAGACUUUUAUCCCCCGGUCGUGCUGCUGACGAUUCGAGGAAGCUUCGUAGCUGCUUCGCAGCAAGCUAUUGUCUUGUGAUUCCAUAUAUAGUAAUGAUUCGGACAUUUAAUUGAACCACAACGGUUGAGAGUGUCGGUUUUCGGGUUAGAAAGGGCUUUUGGGAGCUUGUGGAGCUGCCUUGCUCCCUUGAUUUCCUCGUGAUGGAUCGGAAGAGGGCCUAUCCGGAGGAAGGGGAGGACGACGGAGGAUCUCUUGUUAAGGAUACAAAGCGACGGCGAACCUUUCUUAAUUCAAUGAGAGAAGUAAUGGGGGCGAAUUAUAUACAGCGGCAUUUGCCAAAGUUGGAGCCUUUUCUUCGCAAAGUGGUGCAAGAAGAGGUGCAAAAUGCUCUUUACCGAUAUGUACUCUUAGCUCCAAGACUGCCCCUAAACCAGAUCCCACCCACUGCUAGCAGGCAAUAUCGGCUGCAUUUCCAAACUAGUGUGCCUGAAACACUGUUCACAGGAAGCAGAAUAGAAGCUGAAGGCAGAAAGCCUGUUGAAAUUGUCAUCAUCGAUUCUGAAUCAAAUGAGAUUAUCACAUCUGGCCCACUAUCUGCAAUCAAGAUUGACAUUCUUGUUCUUGAUGGUGAUUUUGGUGCUGAUGGAAAAGUGGAAUGGACCGAAAAGGAGUUUGGUGACAGUAUAGUACGUGAAAGGGAGGGUAAAAGACCAUUAUUGACAGGGGACCUGGUAAUUACUCUGAGCAGUGGAGUUGGUCAUCUUGGUGAUGUCACUUUCACUGACAACUCCAGUUGGAUAAGAAGCCGAAGGUUCAGGCUUGGUGCGAGGGUUUCUCAAAGCAGAUGCACUGAAAAAGCAAGAGUUCAAGAAGCAAUAAGUAUAGCUUUUUUGGUGAAGGAUCACCGUGGAGAAUUGUAUAAAAAGCAUCAUCCUCCUUUUUUGGGGGAUGAUGUGUGGCGUCUGGAAAAGAUAGGUAAAGAUGGUGUUUUCCAUAAAAAGCUUGCUGACAAUGGGAUCAACACUGUCCAAGACUUCUUAAGGAACUUGGUUAUGGAUCAAGACAGACUACGCAGUUUCCUUGGUAGUGGGAUGUCAAACAAGAUGUGGGAUGCAACAAUUGAACAUGCUUGGGAUUGCGUUCUAGAUGACAAGAUUUACUCCUACUGCGAUGGACAGGGAAUCAUGCUUCUGUUCAACUCUGUAUAUCGGCCUGUAGGGGCAAUGCUUCACCAUAUUUUUUACCAGUUAGAUGAACUUCCUCCAACUCAUAAGGCAGUGGUGAACAAAUUAAAACAAGAUGCGUAUAGAUUCCCAAACCAUAUACUCGAGUAUCGUGAACAACUGCUUGACAAUCGACCCAGACUGUUACCUACCGUUCCAGCGUCAAGCAUGUUGGACCCACAGAUUCGCAACCUCCCUGCCACAAAUCAAGAUGAACCUUCUGAUCAAGUGUGCCUUCUGCAACGCGCUAGCUCACCAGGAAAUGAAUUCUUUGAAGAGCUAGCCCCAGGGAGAGACAUGUUUACUUCUGGGCAGUUCGCUCAUAUGGUUCAACGGCUGGAUUCCUUCCCACCAAAUAGUUUCGGCAUGAGGGAUUUCUGCGAUAUGCCGUGUGGCAAUUUCCAGAUAAGUGGGUCAGCUGGGCCUGCCGUAACAAGCGAGCAUAUGAUGGGAUAUGCUCAAGAGGUUGGUACGUUGAGCUCUUCUCCCCGUCCCUUGCUUUGGGAUCAUAGUAAUUCCUUAAUUCAGACAUCAAUUGGCGAAACAAGUAGAAGCUGUGCACCUCGCAUGUCUGCUGUUGGUGCUCCCAUUACAUCAAGCAGAUGGAUCAAGCUAAUAGCAGCUCUGAAAUGGUUAGCAAUUUCGAGGCGCAGUGCUGCCAGAAGGGCACAGUCUCUGGAUAUCGAUUACCCGGCAGCAACUAUAGGUACAUGGAUUGAUGCACGCGGAAGAGGCUGGUGAGGUGGAGGGCGUCAUGGCAAGUUCAUGCAAAACACUUUCACGUUCGUCUUGAGAGCUUUGAACCAUGCUUGAGAUGGAGCCGAAACAGAGGAACUCAGUCUCUCUCCUGCAGAGGAACCUUUCUUAGAACUGUUUGUCAUGUGGCAGUAAAUUAAUUUAUUUAACUUGUUCAGUUUCUGUAUAUUGUAUAACCGUAGUCUAGGGGAGAAGUAGUUUUAGCUUGCGACUGUUCUUGGAUCUGCACAUAAGUUGUGUGUGUCAUUCAGUAUUUAUAUGUUCAACUGCUUUUAUUUGUCAGCACACUCUUGUUGGAGCUCUUUUCGCCUUUUUCC